UGACAGGGGACUGGGCGACCGAGCUUGGGGCCCGCGCGGUGACAGCAGCAGCCUGGCAGUGUCCGAGUCCCCGACGUGGUGGGGAGAGGACUCGGAGACGGACGCCCCGGAGGACGACAUGUCGGGGAGCUGGGAAGUCUCCUCGGUCCGGGGCUCCGUCAGUGGAGGUGGCGGGUUAAGCCGCGAGCUGUGUCGGACGUUCGGGCACUACAACCGGCACUUGGGGCGGCUGCAGCACAAUCUGCGCGACACCAAGAAUUUCUUCCGCGACAUCAAGUACUCCCAAGGGCUCGCCGUCUUCCCCAUCUCUGGCACUGGGCCCGCCGGGGAGGAGCCGCCUCGACCACAGCCCGCCCCCUCAUCCCUUGAUACUAGUGCCCCUAGUGGUGGGGGUGCCUCCCUGCAAGCCGGGCCACUGAACUCAAUUUCCUUUCCCCGACACGAGGAGGAGUACCUUCAACUGACAGUAAAUUGUCGCCCAUGCCUUUUAAUCUUUGGCCAGAACUGUAAUGCCAAAUGCCAAUUGCUGAACAUGCUUUUGGGAGAAAGACUGCUUCCCACCAACAAAGUUAGCAGUGAGGAGAACUGUAAAAGACGUCGAAUUCACUUCAGAUAUGGAAGACAAACACGGAUUAGUUUGGCUUUACCAGGACAGUAUGAACUGGUUCAUAAUUUGGUAGCUCACCAAGGUAGAUGGGAGACAAUACCUGAGGAGGACUUAGAAAUCCACGGGGAUAAUGAGGAUCUGGCACACCAGAUUGCGGAGCUCGAGGUGACACUGAACCACACGUUACUGCAGGAGGUGGACAUUGUGGUAGCUCCAUGUUGGGGAUUCCAGUCAGCAGAGGUCACCUUGGGGGAAUACAUAAACCAUGUCCUUCCAGUCAUCACCUUUGCCAUUAGUGAAGCAGAGCUCUCUGCCCUGGAUAUGAGUGAACUGCGGGAGAUUAAACAGAAAUUCUCUCCACCUGUCUUUUUUAUUAAAGUGUCCAUUUGGGGGGUGGAACUAAUAACCCCUCGAGACACGGAAAAUGAAAAGUCAUUGCUUUAUCGGCAGUUGCUAGACCUAGACUACCUUAGUACCAACCACUGCAGCUGUGGAGCUUCCAGCUUUGAUGCAAAAGCUGAGAGCAUGCUGGUAGAACAAUCUGAUAAGAUUCGCCUGCUUAGCACUUUCGCUAGAAAGGUGUUGCAGAAGCACUUGGUAGAUGCAGCCACGAUCUUGAACAUAGUGCACUGCCGUUGUCUGGACAUAUUCAUCAACCAGGCCUUUGACAUGCAGCGAGACUUGCAGAUCACUCCAAAGCGGCUAGACUACACACGGAAGAAAGAAAAUGAGCUGUAUGAGUCUCUGAUGAACAUAGCCAACCGUAAGCAAGAAGAGAUGAAGGACAUGAUAAUUGAAACUCUCAAUAACAUGAAAGAAGAGCUGCUGGAAGAUGCUGCGAAUAUGGAAUUUAAAGAUAUUAUCAUUCCUGAAAAUGGAGAGCCUAUUAGUUCCAGAGACAUAAAAUGUUGCAUUAGGCAAAUACAGGAGUUGAUAAUUUCACGACUAAAUCAAGCAGUUGCAAACAAGUUGAUCAGUUCUGUGGACUACCUGCGUGAGAGCUUUGUAGGGACUCUGGAAAGAUGUCUGAAGAGUUUGGAGAAAUCUCAGCAAGAUAUUUCUGUGCAUAUUACAAGCAACUAUCUAAAACAGAUAUUGAAUGCGGCCUACCAUGUUGAAGUCACUUUUCACUCGGGUUCAACGGUAACAAGAAUGUUGUGGGAACAGAUCAAGCAGAUAAUACAAAGGAUUUCAUGGGUGAGCCCACCGGCUAUCACUACAGAAUGGAAAAGGAAAGUAGCCCAGGAUGCUAUAGAGAGUCUUAGUGCAUCCAAGUUGGCUAAGAGCAUCUGCAGCCAGUUCCGGACAAGGCUAAACAGUUCUCAUGAAGCUUUUGCAGCCUCUUUGCGACAGUUAGAGGCUGGUCACUCAGGCAGGCUGGAGAAAACAGAAGAUCUUUGGCUGAAAGUUCGAAAAGACCAUGCCCCUCGGCUUGCACGGCUGUCAUUGGAAAGCAGGUCCUUGCAGGAUGUUUUGUUAUAUGGUAAACCAAAGCUAGGCCGUGAGCUGGGCCGAGGGCAAUAUGGAGUGGUUUACUUGUGCAAUGCCUGGGGAGGCCACUUCCCAUGUGCACUCAAGUCUGUGGUCCCACCAGAUGAAAAGCACUGGAAUGACCUUGCGCUUGAGUUUCACUACAUGAGGUCUUUGCCAAAGCAUGAGCGGCUGGUAGACCUUCAUGGAUCAGUGAUAGAUUAUGGGUAUGGGGCAGGUUCCAACAUUGCUGUUCUACUGAUAAUGGAACAGUUGCACAGAGACCUCUAUACAGGACUGAAGGCUGGCUUGGCAUUGGAGACGAGGCUGCAGAUUGCCUUGGAUGUAGUUGAAGGGAUUCGGUUUCUUCAUAGCCAGGGGUUGGUCCACAGAGAUAUCAAACUUAAAAAUGUAUUGCUUGACAAACACAGUCGAGCUAAGAUCACAGACCUAGGAUUUUGCAAGCCCGAAGCAAUGAUGUCCGGUAGUAUUGUUGGCACCCCUAUCCAUAUGGCUCCUGAGCUUUUCACAGGCAAAUAUGAUAACUCAGUGGAUGUAUAUGCAUUUGGCAUCUUGUUCUGGUACAUCUGUUCAGGACAUGUGAAGUUACCAGAGGCAUUUGAGAGAUGUGCAAGCAAGGACCACCUGUGGAACAAUGUGCGAAGAGGAGUACGACCAGAGCGUCUAUCUGUCUUUGAUGAAGAAUGUUGGCAGCUUAUGGAAGCCAGUUGGGAUGGAGAUCCGUCCCGGCGCCCACUUCUGGGCAUAGUCCAACCCAUGUUGCAGGGCAUAAUGGACAGACUUUGCAAGUCAAACUCUGAGCAGUUAAGCAAAGGUUUAGAUGAUUCUACUUGAAACCAAGCUAUGGGGGAGCUGUUCUGUUGUGUGAGAACUCGGAUUCCCCACCUUGUCAACAGCAACUCAAGGUGUAGCUCUUCUGGAGAGCCCAAUCAGAAAUUGCACUCUCAGGUGAGAGGAUAUUGAAAUUCCACCUCAUAUAGCAGCCAGAAACCUUCCAUUCCAGUAUACACUACUAAUGCAAACUUGCAGUACUUCCCUCAUUUUUUAAAAGAUAAUGCAAAGAUGAGGGAUUAAAACCUGAAGGGGUAUUUUGAUUACUCCUUUUGGGCACCAGUAAAAAUAAUACACAGUGUUUCAGUAGAUUGGCAGCUAGUACAGCUGAGACUUUUGAGAAUCCUCUUCUCCAUCUACACUCUGUUACAGAAGCUUACCGGAAAGUCAUACAAGAUGAAUGUGGAUGAACAGAAGAAAUAAGGGUGGGUAACUGCUAACUACAGAGCAUGGACUGAAAGGUGUGGAUUCAGUAAUUUCCCAUAAUGCUUGGUAUGUUUACAUGGCGGGAUCAGAGCAUCCAUAUUCUUCUUCAGGGGAAGCCUCCACUGCGAUGGAAAUACCCUAACAGUAUAAGCUAUCUGUUCUUUGUCUUGUCAGCCAAGCUCUCUUCUGGUAAAUGCUUAACAGUAGUUCUUGGGAAACAUGAGCAAAGAUGGUCUUUUUAUUUUUUGCAGUCUGACAGUGAGAUGGGUAUACCACCAAAAGACUUCACACCUACAAAGACAGAAACACAAGUUGCUAGCAACUAACCAUGGUCUGUACCCAGCAAACUUCCAGUGUAUCAUGUUUUAACUACAGUGGUUUUCUUGUUUUGAAUUAAGUGCAAAGGCAAUGACUGUUUUAAACUCUGCUCUAAUAUUGACAGACACUUUUAAAGAUAAGUUGAGCUGUAUAUUUUAUGUCAUUUCCUUGAAGAGGACCCAAGAGAAACCUGUUGUGAUUCCAUAGGCAUGCAUGGUUGCUGUGUCUGUUUAUCAUUUACUUCCUUGGAGUUUGUCAUUUGGCUGUGCUAAUCUAGGUGUUUGUUGCAGGGAGCAUUUGGCGAAGGAAGUCCAGAGGCUUCUGAAAUGGGCUCCUUCUUACAUCCCUGACUAGGUUCUUGUGCGCGUGUUUAUGUGUGUGCAAGAACUAGUUUCUUGUUGCAGCAAUAUUUUAAGUGGAGUGUAGGUUGAACUAGUGAAUGCACCUGAGAUGGCUGAGGAAAGGGACCAAUUGCCAGUGUUUCACCGGGUGCUUGGAAGAUGGGAUGUGACUAUAUUCUCCCUCCUGCACGCAGUGGGAUGUGCACUGGUUCGAUCUUUAUGGAAUAAUCUAGGGUGUGCUGAGCAAAGCUGAUCAGUCUUGUAACAUACAAUAUUUUGCUUCUGGAGUUUGCUUAGUAGUACAAAGCAGAUAUGCAGCUUUGGCCUGUUUACAUUAGUGGAAAACCACUAGACAAAAGUAACCCUGCAAUGAUACUUAGCAGCCUAGAUGAACCCUUCUUUGUGUGUGCAAUAAAGUUAAAACCAUGCUUUUAAAAUGAUUGCUUUCCUACUUAAUGGGCAUUCAUUGUUAUGUGGUGGUCUAAACCAUAUAGGCACUUACAUCCACACACUGUAGCAUCUAGCAACUUGAACAACUGCCAGCCAUACUCACAAAAAAGCACAUAUUUUCUCAAAUAGGAAGUCCUAAGAAAGGCACUGUCAUGUAUCUGGGCCACUGUUCCCAUCACUUAACAGUAUUACUCAUGUUCAUAUUCAUUUUCUAUUAUGGUGGCUAGUAACCUUGUUUAGAAUUGGGAGGACCUAGGUCAGUGUUUU